UCCGAGCUAUGACAGACGAGGGAACCACAACCAUUGCGCACAAAGAAUAUCUUCGCGGGAACGGAUAGAACUUCUAGAUGGAACAAAAGUCAUCAAUCUCGGAGUUUACGACGCAUUGGCAUUGCAAUACACAAGGACAAAUGGCAACGUCUCCAGGGCCCCAUAUCAUUAUCGAUACGGAAUUUGUGUUGGAUACCCAGUUCCAUAAAAAAUUCCCUUCAGACCUGUUGGGGACGGCAACAUUGCAACAGUUGCCGACCGAAAUUAUGAUUGGGGACACAAAAUACAUUUUGAGCGGCGCAAUAGAAUACGUGGCAUCGGUGUCUUCAACUGGAAUCGGUCAUUAUAUUGGCUACUGCCUUAUGAUAACAGGCUGCUGGGAACGCGAUAGCCAAGCUGGCGCUCGAAGGCGCUCCGCUGGCCGCAAGUGCGGCAGCCAAGAUGGCGCUCCGCUGGCCGCUGACGCGGUAGCCAAGAAGACGCGCACUGGCGCUCCGCUGGCCGCUAGUGCGGCGGCAAAGAAGGCGCUACGGCGCUCCGCUGGCCGCUAUGCACGCAACGGCGGCGCUAAGGGUGCUCCGUUGGCCGCUAUGCGGCGACAAAGGUGGCGCUAA